AUGGAGAAGAGACCCCCAAGACGGCCCAGGGUGGCCUGGGCAGAGAAUGUGGCUCCUCAGGAGAGCAGCUCUGCAGCAGAGCCCGCCGAGGUGACCACGGUGCAGCCAUUGCAGCCCAAUGCUGUGUAUGGACAGGAAGCCAUGGACUUCAUCCAGGCCUUUGCCAGCAGCCCCCACCAGCUCCAGGAUGAGGAUCUGAAGCUCAAGUUCCUCGACAGCAUCUGUACUCUGUGCAGAGCUGCCAAGGACUCUGACUCUCCCCAGGACCUGGAUGUUUUCUGCCACAAAUACAAGCUGGGAGAGAAGAUCCAGGUGCUGCUGCAAUUGGAGCCCAAGUACGAGAUUUGCACGGAGGUGCGGCGGCUGGCCAUGCUCGCUAUUGCCGGACUGAGCACGCUGGGGACGGUGCUGAAGAACAGAAGAAAACUCUUAAGACUCUGCUUCGACAGCUUCUUUUUCCUUCCCCCAAGUGGAGAAAUGUGGAGCCGGGAAGUGUCUCUGUAUGCUUGGACCCUGCAUGCCAUGGACACCAUGCUGGAGGUGAUGGUGUUCAGCUCUCCUGCCUCCAAAACCAGCAAGAUGCUGCAGGACAUCUUGGAGGUUCUGCUGGAAUACUGCCUUUAUGACACCGUGGCUGUGCAGGAGAGGGUCAUGGGCAGGAUCAGGCUGCUGAGCCAUUUGCUGGCCGACUCUUCCACUGUGCAGGCUGGCCAAACUGAGGACAGCGGUGCUGCCAGCAGACAGGUCCGGAUCCCAGUCCUCGGGAAGCUGCUGGGCCAUCUGUUUUUCAAGUUAUUCAGGAAAGAAGAAACCAGCUUGAUGGCACUGGACAUUCUCUGCUUCCUCUUCACAUUCCUCUCUGAGCAGAAAUGUGCCACACCGCCAGCGGUUCGUGCCCAGCUCCCAGCAUACUGGCAAUCUGAGAUCACCUCCCUGCUGGAUACGCCCAGCACCUGGAGAGUUCAGGCCUUUGGCAGAUACCUCAGGCCAGCUGAGAGGACGGGCAUCGUCCUUGCAGCCAUUGAGAUACUGGGAUGCUCCAGCCUCCUGGACAAGAAAGUGCCAAUGGAGUUUCUGGAGGUGGCCAUGGAAUUCCCUGAGCUGUGGCUGAUGGAUGUGCCAAAAGUUGUGAGACACAUCUUUGAGUACUGUGAUGAAACAAAUGCAGCAACUGCUCACAGCUUUCCCAUGCUGCUUGUCCUGAUGGCCAGUAAGUGGCCUCGGCGAGUCGUCACAACAGCUGUGGAGGUCGCACCAAUAUCCUGUGAUGAAGUCUAUCAUCUGUGGAAGGCCAUGUUCUCUGUGCGUCAGACUCUGGAGAAGGUUUUGAGGGAGUUGCACAUCCAACUGCAGGGCCGGCAUAAGGACAUCUUCACACAGCAGGAGAAGUCCUGCCUCUCUUUCUUGGCUAUGCUGGCCUCUGAUGAUGUACAAGAACAGGAACUGGGUCUACUGUACAAAGACCUGAAUCUUCUGAGGUGUCCAAUAAUAGAAAUGGUCUCUCUGGUGCUCAGGGCCCUUGUGACACUGUCGGAGAGAGCCAAGACGGUGAGCAGGCUGCUCUCAGGGGCAGACAUGUGGCACCUGGACUCCGAGGCCUCGGGGAAGGUGGUGGCUUGGCCUGGGCUGCGAGUCAGGUGCUGGGGCACAGAAGUUCUCGUGGAAUGGAAACUGUAUUUCAUACAGGCAAGAAAAAUGAAGGGCCUCCUGCCUGAGUUGCUGAAAUUCCUGUGGCAUCGGUCUGGGGAUGUUUCAGUGAUGGUCAUGGACAUUGUCCAAAAUGUGCUGGGGCACCUGAAGGAGGUAGAGGCCAGCACCAUGGCUGUGAAAGUGGUGCCGAAGCUCUGGCACCUCUUUGACAUGGAGGAAGACUUUGUGCGGGAGCACUCCAUCCGCCUCUUCAGAGACCUGCUGGGCAAAACGGCGUGGAAGGACAAGAAGGGCAUGAAGGAAAACGCCUGGAAAGUCCUGGUCCGGCUCCUGCUUCACAUGAGUGACCAGGCCCCCAGCGUGGCCAAGGCGUCUGCAGAAGCCAUUCUGGCUAUAGCAAAGCUCCUCAAGUGGAAAGAGCUCAAGCAGCUGGCGCAGGCGGAGCAGACGUGGAGGAUGGGCGAGUGCUUGUUGGCCAAGGACAGCAGCAGGGGCCGAACAGUUUGUGUGGGACAGCCAGCCCUACCUGCGGAGCCCUCAGGCCCCCAUGCGAGAGGCGGCCCUCAGGUUCAUUGGGCUGGCUGCGCGGCACCUGACAGAGCAGAGUGA